CCGGGCGGGGCCGCGCGGCGCGGGGGGCGGGGCCGCGGCGGGCUCGCGAAGGUUCCAGACGCCCCGCGUGCGCGCUCGGCCGCCUCGCUCCGCGCCGGCUGCGGCGCCGCCCGUCCCGUCCCUGGCGCGGCCCGGCCAUGGCGUCCGUCGUGGAGGAGCUGCAGAAAGACCUGGAAGAGGUGAAGGCACUGCUGGGGAAGACGUCCCGGAAGAGAGUCCGCGAUGCCCUGACCGCGGAGAAGUCCAAGCUGGAGACAGAGAUCAAGAACAAGACGCAGCUGCAGGCGCAGAAGAAGACGGAUGUUGUCAACAGUGAGAAGCCCGCGGCUCUGGUGGCGCCCGUGACCACGGGCUACACGGUGAAGAUCAGCAAUUACGGAUGGGACCAGUCUGACAAGUUCGUGAAGAUCUACAUCACCUUGGCGGGGGUGCACCAGGUGCCCCCCGAGAGCGUGCAGGUGCGCUUCACGGACAGGUCAUUCGACCUCCUGGUCAAGAACCUAAACGGGAAGAACCACUCGAUGGUCGUGAACAACCUCCUGAAGCCCAUCUCCAUGGAGGGCAGCUCCAAAAAGGUCAAGACCGACACCAUCCUGAUCCUGUGUAGGAAGAAAGCCGAGAACACGCGGUGGGAGUACCUCACUCAGGUCGAGAAGGACUGCAAAGAGAAAGAAAAGCCCUCCUAUGACACCGAGACAGACCCAAGCGAGGGGCUCAUGAAUGUUCUGAAGAAAAUUUAUGAAGACGGAGAUGACGACAUGAAGCGAACCAUCAAUAAGGCCUGGGUGGAGUCGAGAGAGAAGCAGGCCAAAGGGGACACGGAGUUUUGAGGCUUCGAGUCCAAGCUUGGUGACUGACGCCGAGGUAUCCGUGUGUUGGGUGAGAUGUUGCGGAGCUGAACCAUAUACUCGCCAGCGGUUCCCGCCUGUUCUUCCUUUCCUACUCAAGAGUUUAUUUAAAUAAUAAGCUUAUUGAACACGUCCUCCAAAGAUGGUUUCCAUAGUACCCAGUUUUGUUCAAGAAAGGGUAAUACUGCAUUCUCGUGGGAAAUGUAAAUAAACAAGUCUUACCUAACGGAAAGGCCA